AUGCCCCGCCCCCGGGCCCGGAGCCGGCGCCGCGGCUCCGCCGACCGCGAGGCCACGCCCCCGGCGCGCCGGGCAUCUCCCCUGAAGGGCGGCGUGGAUCCCCGCACCCCGCACGCCGCCCCCGGUCCUCGUGCUGGCGCUCCCUCCCAGCACCGAGGUCAUCUCCGGCUACAGCUGCAGGCCGGCCUGGGCCGCCUGAGUCUGCCCCAGACAAACAUUGGUGCACUCGUCACCCCCGCCGCCGUAAGAGACCCCCGAGAUCCCCGCCGUCGGCCCCGCCCCGUGGGCGGGGUCUUUGGUCUGCUGGCUGUCACUCAGUUUCACGCUUUUCAGACCCCACCGACCUCGAAUUAUGUCCCCGGCGGCGACAUCAGUGGUUCCUUCCGCCGCGGUUUCCGGCCCUGGCCUGUCUCUUCCCGCUCGCCGCCCCUGGAAGUGGGGCGCCGGUGGCUCAAAGUCCUCAGCCUGUCACCUGAGAGGCGUGACCAGGCCCACGAGGGCCACAUCCGGCCCUCACCACGCAGCCUGGCCUGCCUUCAUAUGCGGCUUGUUGGGGAAACUGAGGCAGCUGUCGUCAGCGUGUUCCGGGGUGGGGACAGGGUGGCUGGGCCCCUUUGGCGGUGCAGAAGCUCCUGGAGCCUCACGGCUCCCGUGGAACUGAUGGGGCUGCGGGGGACCAGCCUGCACAUCCUCAUCUUCCUCCCACUUUGCCGGCUGAGUGCCUCCUGCGGAGCUGGCAGCUGCUGCUUUGAGAAGCUGCCGCUGUCCCCAGAUGGAGCCUCAGGCUCCUUGUCAGGACCCAGGAACUUGAGCUGCUACAGGGUUUCCGGAGCCGAAUAUGAAUGUUCCUGGCAGUAUGACAACUCUGAGGACAAUGUCACUCACUUCCUGAGGUGCUGCUUUGAAGGUGGGCGCUGCUGCUACUUCCCUGCAGGCCGGUCCAGGACUGUGCAGUUCUCGGAGCAGGCUGGUGUCCCUGUGCUGUCCAACGUCACGUUCUGGGUGGAGUCUCGGCUCGGCAACCGGACCCUGAAGUCUCUGGCGAUAUCCCUGUACCUGUUCCACUGGAUCAAGGUCAGCCCUCCCCCGGGAGACGUCAAAGUGUCUCGUUCAGACGGCCAGUUACGCCUGGAUUGGAAUGUUUCCGAUGAGGUCCAGACUGAGGUGCAGAUCAGACGCCGGACGCCCACAACAAAUUGGACAUUGUAUGACUGUGGACCCCAGAAUAACUCUGGCUUAGGUGUGAUUGAGGACAUUCAUGGCAGCAGUUCUGAGUCCUGCCUCUGCCCUUCGGAGAGCAUGGCCCAGGAAUUCCAGAUACGGCGGCGGCGGCGCCUCUCCUCGGGGGCCCCUGGGGGUCCCUGGAGCAGCUGGAGCAUCUCUGUGUGUGUUCCACCUGAACCCUUUCCCCAGCCUGAGGUCAAGUUCCUGGUGAAGCCCCUGGGCCAAGGUGGAAGGCGGAAUCUGACCAUGCAGGCGCAGGCCUCGCAGCCCCCUGUCCCCGAGGGUUGCCGGGGAGUCAGGCCUGGUGCGCAGGCGCAGCACUUGGUGCGCGUGCACAUGCUGUCUUGCGCGUGUCAGAGGAAGACCUCGAAGACCGUGUCCCUGGGCAAGCCGCUGAAGCUCUCCGGGGCUGCCUACGACCUGGUAGUGGUCACCAAGACUCGCUUCGGCCUCAGCCCCAGCCGGACGUGGCACCUUCCUGCCCUAAAUCUCCCCCCCGAGAUGAGGACCCCGAACAUCAGCGUGGGAGGCAACGAGACAGCCGUGCACUGGGCGGCCCAGGCCCCGGGCACCGCCUACUGCGUGGAGUGGCAGGCCGUGGGCCCCGGCAGGAGCCACGCCCACUGCGCCCUGAUUGGGCCGGAAGACGGGGGCCCGGCCGGGACGGUGACGCACAGCUGGAGCUCAGGGCCCGGCCUGCACCAGGAGGGGUGUUACCGCGUCGCUGUCUUCGCCUCCAAGAACCCAGAGAAGCCGUUGCUGUGGUCCACGGUGCUGUCCGGUUACUACUUCGGGGGUAACACUUCGGUGGCCGGGACCCCGCGCCAAGUGUCGGUGAGGAAGCACAGCGGGGACUCGGUGUCCGUGGAGUGGACGCCGUCCCCGCUGGGUGGCUGUCCGGGGGUCCUGACUCGAUACGUCGUGCGCUGCGAGGCUGAGGACGGCGAGUGGGCGUCAGAGUGGCUCGUGCCGCCCGCGGAGACGCGCGUGACCCUCCGGGGACUGCGCGGCGGCGGCGCGUACAGGGUGCAGGUGCGGGCGGACACGGCGCGGCUCCCGGGCGCCUGGAGCCUCCCGCAGCGCUUCCCGCUCGAGGUGCGGAUGUCCCGGCUGGCCAUCGUUUUUGCGUCCCUGGGGAGCUUCGCCAGUGUCCUCCUCGUGGGCGGCCUCGGAUACGUGGGCUUGAACAGGGCCGCCUGGCGCUUGUGCCCACCCCUGCCCACGCCCUGUGCCAGCACGGCCGUGGAGCUCCCGGGCAGCCAGGGCAAGCAGGCCUGGCAGUGGCGCGGCCCCGCGGACUUCCCGGAGGUGGUGUGCCCGCGAGAGACGCUGGUGGUGGAGGAGGCCCGGGACUCGGACGCCGCCGCCGCCGUCCCGGACACCGCGCGGGCCCCGGAGGCCGGGGGGCCGGGACUGCCGAGGCCGCAGGGGGCGAGCGGCUCACCGGAGGCCGCCCAGCGCCGGCAGGGUGCGAACCGGCCUGCGUGACGGCGCCCCUCCCACCAU